AUGGAUGGUCGCGAUCAAGAUGAUCUGUAUGUCUUCCAUGAAGAUGGCUGGGCUAGUCCGCUCAGUUUUGACAGCACAGAAUCCACAUUGAUUUUAUUCAAUGCGGGAGGUGUUGCACCCGAUGUCGGUAAUGCUCUGUUAGCAGACGUAGCCGACAUCGAGUCUGACGAGGAAACUGAGGCUGAAGAUGCGGAGGAGGCACCUUCGUCAGAGAGUGAGUCGGAAGGUGAAUUGGAGAUUGAAGAUCUCCAUAACAACCUUGCUCCUCUUGACGAACCACUCGAGGUUGACAUUCCAGAAGCACUUCGGAUUGACAAUCUCGUAUGGGAUCUCGAUGAUCCAUCCACAGAUUCAGGGUAUACCAGUCCUUAA